AUGUCGAGCUCUUCGCUCGAUGAGAAGGAGAAGGAGCUUGGUAUGCAGGAUCCCCAGGCCGCAGUACAUAAUACGAAACAAUAUGAACCCAUCGUAACCGAACCACUACAAGGCGACGCAGAAAAGGACCUUGAAUCCAAUGUCGAUCAACACAACGUGUCUGGACGAUUGUCGAGAUUGCAAAGCGCUACCAGCGUGCGCUCUGAUUAUACAGAGAGCGUCUCUGACACCCGGAGUUCGACAAUUGGCAAGAAGAGGUGGUACAAGCGAGUAAACCCCCUCAAAUGGGGUCCUAAACCGCCUGUUCCAAAGGAACGGGUCGUCUGCCCUGAAUACAAUGCUUCGUGGUUUGCGAUGAUGACUUUUCAAUGGAUGGCACCUCUCAUGACAGUCGGAUAUAAACGCCCUCUCGAACGAAAUGAUCUAUACACCGUCAACCCAGACCGAAGCGCAGACGUAAUGGUAGCAAAAUUGCAGGCUUCCUUUAAGAGGAGGAGAGAAGCUGGCGGCAAACGACCGUUGCUCGGAGCUAUGUUCGACACCUUUAAGUGGGAAUUCAUCAUUGGCGGUCUUUGCCAAUUGACUGCCAGUGUCAUCCAGGCGAUCGCUCCAUUCGUACUCCGCUUUCUCAUCAACUUUGCCUUGAAGGCCUACAUUGCGCAACAUAGCGACCAACCGGAACCCAAUAUUGGAGAAGGAAUUGGCCUUGUCAUCGGAAUCACAGCAAUGCAAUUCUUCCAGAGCGUGGCAACCAAUCAUUUCAUGUACCGUGGAAUGAUGGUUGGCGGACAGGCCAGAGCAGUACUCAUUGCAAUCAUUUUCGACAAGGCCAUGAAACUGUCAGGCAGAGCUAAAGCCGGCGGGAAGGCCAUCAUAGAAGCGCCACCUCCAGAUGUCAAACCUGGGUCAGAAGAGGAGAAGAAAUGGUACCAAAGGAUUCUAAAAAAGAAGACGAAGGAUGCGCCAAAGGUAGAGGAGGGUGUGUCGGGCGACGGACAGGGCUGGGGCAAUGGCAGAAUCAUCAAUUUGAUGUCCACCGAUACGUACCGCGUUGAUCAAGCCAGUGGUUUCUUCCAUAUGAUUUGGUGCUCUCCCAUUGCGAUUCUCGUUACUGUGGCCCUGCUCAUCGUCAAUUUGACCUACAGUGCCCUCUCUGGUCUUGGGCUCUUGUUGAUUGUUAUGCCCUUGCUCGGCCGUGCCGUCAGGGCAUUGUUCAAUAGGAGAAUGGCAAUCAACAAGAUCACUGACCAGCGUGUGAGUCUGACCCAGGAAAUCAUCCAAGCCGUCAGGUUCGUGAAGUACUUUGGCUGGGAAACAAGUUUCCUCGAGCGCGUCGACACGAUCCGAAAGAGGGAAAUCCACGGCGUCCAGGUCCUGCUCGCGAUCCGAAACGGUAUCUUGGCUGUCGGAUUGUCCAUGCCUGUCUUCGCAUCUAUGCUUUCCUUUAUUACUUACUCGCUGACGGACCACGGUCUCAAUCCGGCUCCCAUCUUCUCGUCUUUGGCUUUGUUCAACUCCCUGCGUCUCCCUUUGAACUUUCUACCCCUAGUCAUCGGUCAGGUCAUCGACGCCAACGCAUCGGUUAAGCGUAUCCAGGAGUUUCUGUUGGCGGAGGAGGCGGAGGAGGAUGCUAAGUGGGAUUACGAGGCAAAGGAUGCUAUUGCAUUGCAGAACGCCAGCUUCACCUGGGAACGCCACCCCACGACGGAAGGUGAGGGUGGUCCUGGCCCAAAGAAGAAGCCUAGCAAAGACAAGAUGAAGAAGGGCAAGAGAGCAAGCAUUACAUCUCAGAAGAGCGAUUCCGGUGUCAGUCCACCAGACUCAUCGGCCGCUACUGCAGUCGAGGAGGAGCCAUUCCAGAUCAAAGACAUGGAUAUUACAAUUGGGCGAAAUGAGCUGGUAGCGGUCAUCGGAGGUGUAGGUUCGGGUAAGAGUUCGCUAUUAGCAGCAUUGGCUGGAGAUAUGAGGAAGACAAAUGGUGACGUUACCAUUGGAGCCUCCCGCGCUUUCUGCCCCCAGUAUGCCUGGAUCCAGAACGCAACCGUCAGGGACAACAUCGUCUUCGGAAAGCCAUACAGGAGCUCUUGGUACAAUCAGGUCAUCGAUGCUUGCGCCCUUCGACCUGAUCUGGAUAUGCUGCCCAAUGGCGACAAGACUGAGAUCGGCGAGCGCGGUAUCACGGUUUCCGGUGGCCAGAAGCAGCGAAUGAACAUUGCCCGCGCCAUAUACUUCGACGCUGACAUCAUUCUCAUGGACGACCCCCUUUCUGCCGUCGAUGCCCACGUCGGACGUCACAUUAUGGAUAACGCGAUUUGCGGUCUACUAAAAGACAAGUGCCGAAUCUUGGCCACUCACCAACUUCACGUAUUGAGCCGAUGCGAUAGGAUCAUCUGGGUGGAUGAGGGGCGCAUACAGGCGGUGGAUACUUUCGACAAUCUGAUGGCACAUCACGCAGGCUUCCAACAGCUCAUGACCAUGACGGCAGACGAAGAGAAGAAGGAAGAGAAGGAGCACGCUGACGACGAGGAUGAAGGAGAAGAGGAAAAGAAGGUCGUGAAGAAGAAGAAGGGCAAGAAGCCUGCUGCUGCCUUGAUGCAAGAGGAGGAUAGGGCAGUCAAAAGUGUGUCAUGGAGUGUUUGGGUGGCAUAUAUCAAGGCUGGUGGUGGUAUUUGGGUUGCGCCGCUUGUGCUUGUACUCCUCAUCCUCUCCCAAGGCGCCAAUAUCGCGACGAGUCUGUGGCUCUCAUGGUGGACAUCUAACAAAUUUGGGUUCUCUGAAGGCACAUAUAUCGGUGUAUAUUCUGCUCUCGGUGCUUCACAGGCCAUCUUCAUGUUUGGUUUCUCCAUUGCAGUGUCGGUUUACGGAACAGAAGCUGGCAAAAAGAUGCUUCAUCGAGCCAUUCACCGAGUGCUCCGGGCGCCAAUGUCCUUCUUCGAUACAACGCCGCUUGGACGAAUUACCAAUCGCUUCUCCAAAGAUAUCGAUGUCAUGGAUAACACACUCACCGAUGCGAUCCGUAUGUACUUCAUGACGCUCGCCAUGAUCAUAUCUGUCUUCAUCCUCAUCAUCGCAUACUAUUACUACUACGCCAUUGCGCUCGGCCCGCUGUUCCUCCUAUUCAUGUUUUCUGCAGCUUACUACCGAGCGUCAGCUCGCGAGGUCAAGCGACACGAGUCUGUCCUUCGCAGCACUGUCUUUGCACGCUUCAGCGAGGCAGUCACGGGCACUCCGACGAUUCGUGCCUAUGGGCUUCAGGACCAGUUCUCCAAGUCGGUUCGUGCUUCGAUAGACGACAUGAACAGCGCCUACUACCUGACGUUUGCGAACCAGCGCUGGCUCAGUGUCCGACUAGAUGUCAUCGGCAUUCUACUUGUUUUCACCACGGGUAUCCUGGUCGUGACAUCACGUUUCUCGGUCAACCCGAGUAUUGCUGGACUCGUGCUCUCAUAUAUUCUCACUAUUGUACAGAUGAUUCAAUUCACGGUGCGACAACUUGCGGAGGUGGAGAACAACAUGAACGCGACCGAGCGGAUUCAUCACUACGGGACGAUGUUGGAGGAAGAGGCGCCGCUCCACAUGGGGGAGGUGCGCAAGACUUGGCCAGAACAUGGCGAGAUCAUCUUCAAGGAUGUCGAGAUGCGAUACCGCGACGGGUUGCCAUUGGUGCUGAAGGGGCUCGACAUGCACGUUGCGGCCGGCGAGAGGAUUGGUGUGGUCGGACGUACUGGCGCAGGAAAGUCGAGUAUCAUGAGCGCGCUGUUCAGGCUGGUGGAGCUUUCGAGUGGAUCGAUUACGAUUGACGGUGUCGACAUCAGCACGAUUGGAUUGCACGACUUACGGUCGAAGCUCGCCAUUAUCCCGCAGGACCCCACGUUGUUCAAGGGUACGAUUAGGUCCAACAUUGACCCAUUCAACGAGCACACGGAUCUGGAGCUGUGGUCUGCGCUUCGGCAGGCCGACCUCGUGUCCAACGACGCCACCAUGGACGAUAAGUCGGGACGCAUCCAUCUGGAUUCGGUGGUUGAGGAGGAAGGGCUGAACUUCUCGCUCGGACAGCGUCAAUUGAUGGCACUGGCACGCGCACUGGUGCGGGGCUCUCAAAUCAUUGUGUGCGACGAGGCGACGUCGUCUGUGGAUUUCGAGACGGACCAGAAGAUCCAGCAGACGAUUGUGGAGGGCUUCAAGGGAAAGACGCUACUCUGCAUCGCCCAUCGUCUCAAGACGAUUAUACGCUAUGACCGCAUUUGCGUGAUGGAUGCCGGCCGCAUCGCGGAGCUCGACACGCCACUCCGACUGUACGAUGCUGGUGGUAUUUUCCGCGGCAUGUGCGACCGAAGCGGGAUCCGGAGGGACGACUUCUUUUAG